GCGGUCCGUUUCUCUCCCUAUAUAUAUAACCCCCUCGCUCCUAGGGUUUCUCUCACAGUCAUAGCCAUCAAACCCCGCAGGCCCUCUUCUUCUUCCUCUGUCUCUCUAAAAUCACCCUCCACCUCUCGUCCUUAAUCAAUUUUGAUGUGAUAAUGCCUGCCACAGACUAUCAAAGCUCGUCGGCAUCACUUAGACAUUCUAUUUUAGGUCUCCGACGCGACCAGGUCCAUUCUAUGGAUUCUCCUCAAACUACCUCAACUCUGGAGCUCGAACUCGAUGCCUUUCAGAAACAAGUUACCGACCGAUUUCUUGAUUUAUCAGCGGUCGGACCUGAUCGUUUGCUUUCUUUAGCUUGGAUCCGGAAACUUCUCGAUUCUUUCCUCUGUUGUCAGGAGGAGUUUCGAGUGAUUUUGUUCAAUAACAAGUCGUUGGUCCAUAGACCGCCGCUGGACCGGUUAGUUCAGGAGUUUUUUGAACGGACUGUCAAGGCUUUGGAUGUUUGUAACGCGAUUCGUGAUGGAAUUGAGCAGAUCAGAGAGUGGAAGAAGCUUUUGGAGAUUGUUUUGUGUGCUUUGGAUGAUCAAAGAUUGUUUGGUGAAGGUCAGUUUCGUCGUGCUAAAAAAGCUUUGAUUGAUUUGUCAAUUUCUAUGUUGGACGAGAAGGAUUCGACUGCAUCUACUUUGGCUCAAAGAAAUCGGUCUUUUGGAAGACAACAAGCUUCGUCCAGAGAUCAGCAUCAUAGGAAUCUUGGGCAUUUUAGAUCGUUGUCGUGGAGCGUGUCGCGGUCGUGGUCUGCAGCCAGGCAGCUACAGGCAAUUGGGAAUAAUUUGGUUGUGCCACGAGGAAAUGAAGUUGUGGCCACUAAUGGAAUUGCGGUGGCUGUUUAUUCUAUGAACACGAUUUUGCUUUUUGUAAUGUGGGCACUUGUGGCUGCGAUUCCGUGCCAGGACAGAGGAUUGCAAGUGCAUUUUUCCAUUCCUAAGCAGUUCCCGUGGGCUCAAUCGGUCUUGUCGUUGCACGAGAGGAUCUUGGAGGAGUCGCGGAAAAGGGAUAGGAGGAAUGCUUGUGGGUUGUUGAGAGAGCUUUACCAGAUGGAUAAGUGUACGAGGGUUAUGAGCGAAUUGACGGAUUGGGCCCAGUUUCCAUUAACAGAGGAAAAAGAAGGAGAGGUGAGGCAAAAAGUGAUGGAAUUGGCAAAUGUUUGUGAGGUUUUAAAGGAGGGUUUGGAUCCCUUGGAAAGACAAGUGAGAGAGGUGUUUCAUAGGAUUGUUCGCAGCCGGACUGAAGGGCUUGAUUCUUUGGGAAGGCCUAAUCACGAGUAAUGUUUUGAGUGACGGGCCAUUUGUGAUUUGGCAGAUGAAGGUAUGGAGAAUGAUUCUGAGGCAUGGUUUGAAAAUAAAUGGGUAAGGAAAGGAGAAUUUUCUUGUAUUUAUGGGGCAAUAUAUAUGCUGUGUAAAGAAAUGUAGGAUAUGGAAACUGGGGCAAAUGAUUGCAGCACUUGGUUGCUGCUGAUCUACAGCUUUUCUGCUAUUGUAUAAUCGAAUUUUUCUCAGUAGAAAAUGCAUCUUGCUGUUGUAGCUGA